AUGGCGCUCAGCAUCGAUCAGAAGCGUCUCAAGGCGACAAAGUUCCCACCUGAGUUCGACAAGAAGGUCGACAUCGAGAAAGUCAACAUCGACCUGAUGAAGAAGUGGAUUGCUAACAGGAUCACCACUAUUCUCGGUGACGAAGAUGACAUUGUGGUCGAGACCUGCUACAAUUUGAUUGAACAGAACCAAUUCCCCAAGAUCAAGGAAAUCCAGAUUCAGCUCACGGGCUUCCUCAACAAGGACACCGCACCUUUCUGCAAAGAGCUAUGGGAUCUCAUGCUGAGUGCGCAGGACAGUCCUAUGGGUGUGCCCCGAGAAUUGCUCGAAGCGAAGAAGGCCGAAUUGCAACAGGAGCAGCUUUCCAAAGCCGCUGCUGACGCUCGACGCGCCGAAGAACAAGCGCAGAACGCUAUGAUUGACUCGUUCCGUCAGAGCGAGCGAUCCGAUCGACCUGAACGAUCCGAACGUGGCCGUGGUGGAGGAGGAGGAGGACGAUACCGUGGUAGUGAUCGAGACGAAGACCCUCACCACCGAAUCGCGAGCGUGAUGUUUACAUACCUGGAGGAGGUCGUGGCCGCGGACGCGGAGGCCGUCGCGAAAGAUCUCGCGAGCGUCGUCGCUCACCUUCGGGCAGUCGUUCUGCAUCUCCACCACCUCGUCGUGCACGUCGCUCACCAUCGUCAGAACCCUCUCGAUCCCCACCACCACGACGCCGACCGCGGCGUUCCCCAUCAGCUGACCGCUCAAGAUCUCCUCCUCGUCGUACGCGUCGUCGGUCUCCUUCCCGUAGCAAGUCUCCUCCUGCAAGACGAAGGAGAGACCGGUCUCGAAGCCGGGACAGCAGGAGGCCACCCAGGCACAUUUCGCGAUCUAGUUCCCCGCCAGUCAGAAACAAGUCGAGCUCACCAGCACCCAGGCUGCGAUCACAUUCCCGAUCACGAACUCCUCCCCGCCGCCGGCGUCGCUCCCCAUCAAGCUCUAUGUCUAUAA